GCUAUACAAAAUGAACAUGACCACUCAAAUGGAGAAUUCAAGCAUUAUUCUUACUACAGCAGGACGUCCUCCCGCCCCCCAUGAUCUAACCCAGCUUCCUGAGUCACUAGCUCUCAUCAGUAGUAGUCCUGAGACCGACGUCUUACUCCUUAUUUCAAGUGAUAUUCCCACUACCCAACCAGCAGCACUUGCACAGCUUGUCGUUCCCAUCGCUGAAAAUGAGCAUGACCACUCAAUUAGUACCAUCGAGUUUAAAUCUCCUGAUAGGCAAAAUGAGCAGUCUGUGAUGAUGACACCCUUAAGCAUCCAACAUUCAGCACAUGAUUCGAGUAUUUUGCCCGAAAGAGGUGAAAUCAUUGCAUCAGCUUCCACUUGAAAUGGAGAGCAGAGCAAAGAUCUAGAAGUUCACGAGAAUUCAAGAGUGUUGCAACAUUUGUAUGCUGGGACCUUUUGCUUCCUGUAUGUAUCAUUGCUGGGAUUUAUACAAGUGAAGUUUGAACACACACACUCCUCUCCUUUUGUACAUCAUGGUGCCUUUAUCCUCAUGUCACUUGUUGCAUUGCCGAGUGCAAUAAUGACUUCAGGGUUUAUAUUUUAUGAAACUGAUCCAAUGAAAAAUACGAACAGGAAAAUCCUAGCCGCGUUUUGUUUAUUUUCGACCAUGGUUGCACCGCUCUCCCUUAUCCUGGUGUUGUACCUUUCUUACAAGCUUAACUGGAUUGGAUAUUUAAUCAUACUUGCAUUUUUUGGCGUCUUCAUUGCAUAUGCCUUUAAUGCAUUUGCAAGUUCACUUAUGAAGAAAACAUGUAUCCACUAUAAAGCUUAUGAUCAGAUGGUCUAGAGGGAUUUAAUCAAAUUUGUUGUAUUUGUUGAUUUAAUCAAAUUUAUUGUAUUUCUUUCAA